AUGUUCCUUAUCUCGAAACCUAUUGAAGAUUGUCCCGAAACUGGCUGGUUGAAAUUGCAAAAUGUUGCUCGUAAUUUUGCUACAUUUUCUAACAUAGCAAUUCCAAAUUUUCAAAGUGCUCCAGAAGCUGAGCUUUAUGAAUUAUCGAAAGAUAUGCAAUUACUGGAUCAUUCGGUGGAAAAUCUAUUCCGAUCAUUCCUGUCCGCUUUUGAGAAUGUUCUGCUAUUUGAAAAUGUUAAUUUAUUGGAAAAUAUGGUAAUACGGAAGCAGAGAUAUGGUGAAAGUAUCACUGAUUUUUCAUGGAAUAUGGCAAUAUAUUCGCCGUAUUUAUCAUUAUCUGAUUUAUGUGAACUAUUUUACAAACAUUUUCAAAACCUUGACCAACAAAUACGACAUAAUGUUGCAACUUAUAAGGAAAAUUUGAAAAUAGCAAAAGAAUAUAUAACUGCAGAGGAAACAUUAGCUACACAAAAUUUAGCUUGUUUUAUACGUGAGGAAACUGUUAUUGAUACGGAAUAUAUUCAAUCAGUUUAUGUAGCUGUGCCACAGCGACUUGUUAAUACAUGGUUAGAAAUCUAUGAAACACUUCAUGAUUCAAUAGUAGCAUGUUCCAGUUGUUUUAUCAUUGAAGAUGAUGAUUAUAAGUUGUAUUCUAUAGUUAUUGUCAGUGAGGAUUUCUUGGAAUUUCGAGAUAAUUGCGCCAAAUAUGGUUUCAUUGCUCGAGGAUAUCAGUGUGAUCCGGAUGGAUUUGCCAGAAAGCUCCAUGAACGACAAAAGGUUGAAGAAGCUGCACGAUAUCAAAAUAUAAUGCUCAUUCAAUGGCUUAAAUUGAUGACUGAUGAAAUUUUUGAGGUGCUAAUUCAUGUCAAGAUAUUUCGAGCAUACAUUUCAAGUUCGAUAAUAUACGAUGGUCGAGAAUUUCAAAUUAUCAUGUUUUAUCCACGAAAAAAUUUGUCGCAGCGAUUGCAAUCCGAACUGACGAAGUUGUAUGAGGAGGAAGAGGAAGAGGAAGAGGAAGAGGAAGAGGAAUCAGAUGUAACAGAUGAGUCGGAUUCGUUGGAUUCGUCGGACUUAUCAGUUUCGGAUUCAGAUUCAAAUUCGGAGACAGAGACGAAAAUAGAGGAACUAGAGAGUUUCUACCCACCUUAUCUAAUUUAUAAAGUGGGUCUACCUUUCCCGGAAUAUUAA